ACGACUACAAGCCGCCUACCUACCUACUUUUACAGACUACCUACUUUUACAAACUACCUAAUUCAGUGUUGCAAGUUCAUCACAUCACCUCGUUGAUUCCUGCUCAAACACAACAGUACUACACCCUUUGCUUACAGGGUCCAGUCCUUGUCAGUUUCAACUGAAGUAUCAACAUUCCAACAACAAUCAUGACCGUCCAGAACACCGACGCCGCUCUCGGCGAGCAGCAGCACUUGGGCGACCAACAAAAUAGCACGGCCGCGGAAAAGAAACCCAAGAAUGAGCAUAGAUGGAUUUGGUUCGUCACGGGUCCGACGGCAUGUGGAAAGACGACGGUUGCCAAGGCGUUGGCGGAGAAUUUGAAUCUCACUUAUGUAGAGGGUGAUGAUUACCACCCAAAAGCCAACGUCGAGAAAAUGUCCCGCGGCGAACCCCUGACCGACGCCGACAGAGCAGGCUGGCUGCAAGCCCUCGCCGAGCACGAAACCGCCAAACCACCCACCUCCUCGUCUCCCCAUCUCGUCAUCACCUGCUCGGCUUUGAAGCGGCACUACCGCGACAUUCUCCGUUUGGGGUCUGAACACGCCGGCGAUUUGCGAAUUCGCUUCAUCUUUUUGCAGGCCCCCGAGGAGGUGCUGACAGAAAGAGCACACAACCGAAAGGGACACUUUGCAAAGGAGAAUUUGGUGCAUAGCCAGUUUACGAUUUUGGAGAUGCCGGAUCCGACAAAGCCAAAGGAGGAAGGGGGAGAGCCGGAUGUGCUGGUUGUGAAUGUGGGGGAGAAGGAGAAGGGGGUGGAGGAGGUGGUGAGGGAGGUGGUGGGGAGGGUGAGGGGGGUGAUGCACUUGGGGAGGGAAUGAGGGCAGAUGGUGUGGAAUGGUUUGGGU